AGAGAUAGGUCAUUACUAAUUAAUUAACACUGCAUGAUCUGAAUGGAUGGUUCAGAUUCAAAGUUCCAUGACUUAUUAUAAGCCAGAUAGAUUGCUUGUUAUCCAUCAGCCAACCUGUAUGAAAUUGACCAAACGUUGUGUCCUAUGAAUAGUUUGUUUAAUUAGUUGCAAUUAAUAUAUGUAAUUAAUCUGAGUUCAGUGGCAACUGACAAUCUUACCAAUGAAGCUUCAUCAUAAUCUGUUUGUUAAAAAGUUUCAGUUCAAAUCUUUACAUUGUAGAAGUCAAAAUAUUUGAAUUAAAACUACCCAGAAACAGAAAGGAAAAAUUUUUGUAGUGGAAGCUAACAAAUACUCUCUUCUUUUAUUGGCACCAGCAACAGAUUAUCAGAGGAAGAGGCUCUGCAGUCUAGCUGUGUGCAUGGUUGUCCUUCUGAAGUGAGUCUGACCAUCCAUGCCAAGAACGAAGAACCACUUCUCUUAUUUCUCAGUCUUCACGGAUACAAAAAAGAUCACCAUCGUCAUCAUUAUCAUCAUUAGGGUUUUCUAAUUAAGAAAUAUGAGAAGAAGAAUUUGCUUCUUUAUAAUAGCAAGUCUGCAGAUAAUCACUUGGUGGUGUUGUGUAGCAAGCUGGCAGCUUUCAUCACAUGAUCCUGCUGCUCCCAGACAGGGCCAAAUCCCACAAUUCCAACAAGCUGCAUUCGGACCAAAUCAGGGUACAAAGAGAAUUAAUGGAGUGGCUUAUGGUAAAGAACAAUCAUUUAGAGGGCUAAGUAGACUUGGGUCAACACCGCCAAAUUGUGAGAAUAAGUGUAAAGGGUGCGUUCCUUGUAAUGCCAUUCAAAUACCUGCAACAACUGAUCGCAAAAGAGUUGAAUAUGCUAAUUAUGAACCUGAAGGAUGGAAAUGCAAGUGUGGCUCUACUUUCUUUAACCCGUAGGAUUAGCUUAUGAGUUAAUUACUUAAGUUCUUUUUUUUAAGGUUUAAUAGGAAUUUUUUUGUCGGAAGGUUAAAGUUUUGGCUGUAAUCUUUAAUGUAUACAUCUUUAGGUUAGAGAUUUCCUUUUCUUAUAUUAUAUCAAUUAUUCUUGUUAA